CUGCUACAUAUCAUUGAUGGUAUCGUCGCACUCGAUCCAAGUUGGGUUUACUGGGCGUUCGCGAUGGAGAGAUUCUGUGGCCGCCUACAGUGGAACAUUCGAAACCGGCUGUUUCCGUAUGCGAACCUCGACACGUUUGUCGUUGCCGAUGCUCGCCUCAAGCAGCUAGGGCUA